ACUGCAUACGAGGAAUGUGUUUUAAGAAAUAACACCGACAGGCAUGUGCGUUAAAUAUACAGCUCGACAGGAGAUUGAAUAGCUGCACGAUGGAAGGAAAGUUCACCUUACUGGGUCUGAUACUUCUUUUGAUGAAAGGAUGCGAUGGAAUUCAGCUUUGUAAACAGUACAGCCUCACCGACAGUAGUUCCUACACCACCUACUUCUGCACCAACUACUGCUGCGACUCAGUCUAUAGCAGGGACUGCUGCCACGAAAAACCAGUUGGUUCAUGGAACUCAGUUAGAACUUGGAGCAUGUCGAAACCUUUGACAAGGCACAGGAGAUCCUCGUCAAGCAUCAACAUCGGGAUUAUCAUGAAGUAUGUGGGGAUUGCAUUUUCCUGUCUGAUUCUAUUUUGUUACUUACUCAUUGCAUGCAAACGGCAGUGCGUAAACAACACAGUCAGGGGGGUGUCAUCCCCUGGGAAUCAGGCUACAGUCUCACCAGAGCCAAAGACGAGCGAGGAAGAAUCAAACCAGACAACAGCCACAGCAGGGCCUACGUGGCAGGGAGAAAGGUGGAAGUAUUAAACCUGCUCCUACAAUUUAAAACUUUGCUACAGCCGAACACCGUUGUGUCGAACUGUGUUCGUUUGUUGUUUAAUGCGGCACGCAGCAAUAUUCUGGUUAUAUGGCGGCGGUCUGAAAAUAAUCAAGUCUGGAUCAGACAAUCCAGUGAUCAGUUUGUUUCUUUAUUUCAGUUGAUAUUUAGGCCAACGGCCUAUUACAACAUAGAUUACAUAGACAAUAUGAUAGCAUUUCACAUGCGUAAAAUAUGCAUAUUCAUAUGUGGGGUAAUAUAUUGAUACAAUAAUCCACGUGUGUGGUAAUAAUAUAGAAGUUCUAUAAUUCAUGGCAUGAUGUUAAAUGCAUUGAAACAUUUUUAAUAGUGCUUUCAUUUUUGUUUGACAUUAGGUAAACAAACUGAUGUAUAGAAAUUGUUGUGACAUUGAUAUAUUGUUUUCUAAUGUUUGAAAAUGAUCUACAACCCAAAAGAAAGUGGUAUUCAUCCUCUAUAUUUCCCGAUUUCCAUAAUUUACACAGUCUUUGCUCUCAACACCGUUCAUCCUACCAGUUUCUAUUUCAAUUGCACACAACGACAGUUUGACAAAACCUAUUUAUUUGUAAUGAGUUUAUAUACUCUUCAGUUUCAAAUCUAUACUUAAACAAUUUGUAGUUUUGUAGUUAGUUAUGGAUUGAAUUAAACCAAUCUGAUAUGAA